AAUAAUAAAUAAUGCACGAAACAUUUCUCUAGCCUAAACCAACAUAUACGAAUCAAGGUUGAACACUUGAAUUAUCAGUCCAAUCUCAUCACGAGGCCUGGGGAUUUUCCGAUUGAGCUAUCAAAGGAGACAGAUUGUAGCUGAUUACGAAGAAAAUUCGGAUGGUGUAAUUCAUUGGGGAUUUUCCGAUUGAGUUAUCCAAGGAGACAGGUUGUAGCUGAUUACGAAGAAAAUAAAGAAGAGAGAAAUGAGCAGAGAGGAAGAUGGUAAACGGAACAGGGAUAAUCCAUGGGCGCAGCCAAACAGAGGCUCUCGGGACAAAGAAAACGAGCCGAGGCUAUGGGGAGUUCUAGUUUUUGGAUUAAUAGGGGCCACUGUUACCACCUUUGCUGUUACACAAUUGCGAAGAACGGCUGGAUGGGUAUAUUCUCAGUUGAGCAGGUCUCAGUCAUCAUGGAAGGAUCGGCGUUCUUCCCGAACCAGUUUUCAGGAGGAGGCAUGGAAAAGAUAUAAUCGUCGUAUGCAAGAAGAAUAUGAAGAAGAAAUGGAGAGAGUGGAGCGAAUUCGACGGAUGCAAAGUGUAUUCAACAGAGAAAGAAAUAAAUUCAAGAGGAGUUAUGAGAGCUGGCAAGAAUAUGGUCCAGGUGCGUAUCAUCAGAAGUUUCAGAGGAAUGAUUGGUACUAUAGUGCAGAUACUUCAACUGGAGAUCGUAAUAGCAAUAAUAGGGAGACUCCUAGAGCCAGUGCGAGUUCUCCUUUAUCACAUCAUUACUCAGUCCUUGGCCUUGACAGUACUGAAAGGAUGUUGGGACCCUGCUUGGCCUCAGAUGUGGCCCAUGUCAGGUGUAUUGCUUUGUUAGGAAGUUUAAAUUUGGCAGUUCUUAGGUUCCACACUGCAGAGCUGUUAGAGAUUAGAGCUUGCCAUUCCACUAUGUGGAAUGCUCUUGGUUUCAUGUUUGAUACUUUAAGAAGGCGGAGAACAAAACCCUACACGGAAGAUGAGAUAAAGUCAGCAUUCAGAACAAAGGCAAAGCAAUUUCACCCUGACCAGAAUCAGGAUAAUAAAGAGUUUGCAGAAGCAAAAUUUAAGGAAGUCAUGGUGUCUUAUGAGGCGAUCAAGUCAGACAGGAAGAACAACAGGCGCCAAUAAGAAGCUUGAGAAUAUGUGCUGUUUUCUGUUAUAAAGUUUUCCUAGCUAAUUUGGAAAAUGUAGCAGCUCACUGUUCAUGUGCAUAGAAGAAAAAUGAACAGAAAAAGGAGAAGAAAACAUUGUUUUUUGACUUGAUGUUGUAAUUACAUAGUAUAUGCAAAUAUAAGCUAGUCAACGUCUGCUCUGAAUCUACAAGACACAGUUGAGGUUUCUUUCAUUUGAGCAUUAUAUGUCUGAAAGGCUUCAGAUGCUGCUGAGAGUUUGAUGUCUGAUCAUCUUUGAUGAAAGCAGAAAUAAGCUGUCGAUUGGGGGCUAAGACUUACUUGGUGUACUGAUUAAAGGACGUACUAUUUCAAGGAGGCUUGAUCUGAGGUUCAGUAAGUGUAAAAUCUGCGGGUUAAGAUGGGCGAUACAUUAAGUGUCAAACAUAUCCAUUAAUUUGUUCAAGGAAUUUGCUCAAUUGUUUAUUCACAACCAUAA